UCUUAAUUGCAGCCUAAUUGUUGAUGCCAGCAACUUGAAGAAAGCUUUUGCUUCAAAGCAAACAAGAAGUUAAUCUUUCUACAAACUAAUUCAUUUAAUACUAGUCAAACUAAUUUACUUGCUUCCAACUUCAAGAUCCUCUAAUUUUGAGAGACCAUUCAAUUUUCAAACAUAUGGAAGAAAGAUUAUUCGGUCCACGGAUAUAUAGUUGCUGUAAAUGCCGAAAUCACAUUGCUCUUCAUGAUGAUAUCGUCUCCAAAAAUUUCCAGGCAAGCCCUGGGAGAGCUUAUUUAUUUACGCAUGCCAUGAAUGUAGUGAUAGGGCUAAAGGAGGAUCGGCACCUAAUGACUGGUUUGCAUACUGUGGCUGAUGUUAAGUGCUCUGAUUGUGGGGAAGUUUUGGGAUGGAAAUAUGAAAGAGCAUAUGAUGAAAGCCAACAGUAUAAAGAAGGAAAGUUUGUUCUCGAAAAAUUUAAGAUUGUCAAGGAGAAUUGGUAGCCUCGAUGGGAGAGAUUUAUGAACAUAUCUCAAGUGUAUAUAAUUAACUUGGAUAGUAUUUUUACCAGAUGUGUUGUGAAUAUCAGGAAA